CGACCUCCCCCCCCCCUCCCCAGGGGCUCCGGAGCGGCUGGAGGCCUUCCGCCAGGAAGUCGAGGCAGGCCUGGCCCAGGUAGCGACACUUGGGGGGGAGAGGUGACACUUCCCCCUUGGAUGCUUCGCUCCCUUCCUCCGCCUGUUGCAGCAUUCCCACCCCCGGCUCAAGUUUUGGGGACUCUUUCGUCGCUGCCCGUCUUUUUUUUUUUUUUUUCCCCUUCACCCACCCCGAAGAUCCCUUCUGGGCAGGAGAUCGGGAGGCCAGGCCAGCAAACUCCGAAGGGCUGGGCCGGCAGCGAAAGUUUGACAUUUGCACCGCCGAGGGCUGCCGGCGCUGAGGAACAGGAUCUUCUGUCAUGGAGGAAGCAGCUCCAUAGAUCCUCAGUGCUUCCAUAAGAAGGCAAAGCAAAAGGUCUUUUAGGGGAGGUGAGUCAUGCUGGGAAAGAAACAAAGGCCCCCUCAAGAUGUUGCAGUCCCACAGAGGAUCAGUUCUCCUAGGACAAGUGAUAUUAGCCUGGAAGUAUUUAACGGCUCUACCCCGGAGCUUAAAUACAUCCGCAGGCCCAGGCGGGAUAGAAGAGCCUACAAAACGGAUUCCAACGAUUCCCACGGAGGGGAAGGCGAGACAAAUACCUUCAUCCCUAGACCUGCAGAGAGUCCCCCGCCCCCAUGCUGUCCCAGUCUUUCCCAGGUCUGGAACACUUCCAAAGCCAUCUUCUGCUGCCUGAUCACCUGCGGGAGCUGCUUCAAGGACUGCCGAGCCAGCAUCUCCUACAACAGUACCUUGACAGAGGAUGGGAAGAACCAGGAGUGCAAUGGACGUUCAACUAACAGUCCGGCCAACAGUUCCCCCAAUGAAAAGAACGGGAGCCGAACUGAGAAGAGUACAGUGGGAAGCAGUUUUAGCUACCCUGAUGUGAAAUUUAAAGGGGUCCCGGUCCCGCUUUAUCCCAACCGGAACCCUAGCUCUGCCACAGACUCCGAUUCAUGUUACAAGGAACCUCUGCCAGAGAGGUUCCCUCAACACAGCAUUGAGAAGCAACCUGCCCCGACUAGCCACCGAAGCUCUGAGGAACAUUAUUCCUUCCACGAGUCCGAUCUUGAGUUUGGCGAGCUCAACAGCUCCAUGUCCAGUAGGGAGAUUGACGGCCUCAUCUUCCGGAAACUCACCGAGCUUUUCAGCGUCCACCAAAUCGAUGAGUUGGCCAAGUGUACCUCCGACACGGCCUUCCUGGAGAAGACCAACAAGAUUUCAGACCUCAUCAACAGCAUUACUCAGGACUACAAUUUGGAUGAGCAGGAUGCCGAAUGUAGGCUGGUCCGGGGCAUCAUACGCAUCAGCACACGGAAAAGCAGGGUCCGACCCCGUGUCCCUGCCCCGAAUCUCCCAAGUUCAGGAGAGAUCACCAGCCGGGGCAACCCACUUCAUAGCGCCAAUGAAACUAUGCUGGCAUCUGUCCUCACUAGUGAAGAAGAUUUACCUGUGCAGAUAUCAGUAGAAACGACAGCAGAUAUGCAAGCCAGAAACAUGAGGCAAGGUGCCUACAACAUAGCAGCCAUGGAGAGAGGCAAGUGGUAUUCAAGGACCCCCAUUAAGUAGAGGUUCUUCUUUCCAAGAUACAGAGACAGACUCCUCUGGAGCCCCUCUGCUUAAGGUGUAUUGCUGAGAAACGUGGACCUGGCGAAUCCCCAGAAGCAGUGAGGCCUUUUAAGUCAGCCUCACUAGAGACCAAGUUCAGAAGCGAUGGACAAUGGAUCCUGAUGCAAGCCAUCCACAACUGGGCCUUCCAAGGAAUUACUUGAUUUCUCUUGCCAUUUUCCAAGGUUGAUCCUGCUGUAGACUUGCUUUUAAGGUGACCAUUGGGGCUUUUUGACAAUUUCCUAGGCAAUGUUGAUCUCUGCUUCAGAAGUGAACAGAAAUGAUGUAGCAGUUACAGCUUUUUGCACAUAUCCUGUCCUUUAACCAUCCUGCUCCCCACUUACCCUUGGCGAAUAAGGACUGACCUCUGCAUUUUUCCUUUCCAGAAUAAAAAGAGAUCUUCUGCCUGUCAGGCUUAUUCAUCCAAUAGACUUAUCUGUUACUGACUUGCCAUUUCGGAAUUCAGACUUGAUUAUUCUCAGGCAGUUUAAGGCCUAGGGCCUUAAAAUGUGCACUCUUCGUUGUAAAUAGCUCGUCAGAACUCUUGAGGAUGAGACUUUGUUGAUUUAGGAAUAUGACCAUUCCUCCAUUGAAAUCUUCAUAAACUCUCGCUGCCUUUCCUGUU